GUUUUAUUUUUUUUUGCUGACAGGAUGGUGACAGCUGCUGCCGCUCGGAGAGGCUGCGCAUUGAGAGGGGGGCAGUAAACAAGCGGCUUUGCACUGAGCUGUUUUCAUUCGCUUUCUCUCUCUCGCUCUCUCACUGUCUGGCCUUGGCAGCAGCUGCAGCCGCCGGGCUCCGGGAGGCAAAGGGCAGUGAUGUGGAAGGUGGAGGGAGGAUUGCACUGAGCUCAGUCCAAUGCUGCCGGGGGCUGGCUGGGCUCUGACAUAGAGAGAGAGAGAGGGGGAAAGGCUGGGGUUGGGCAGUGCGGAGCUGAUUGUUGGAGAGAAGGUAAGGGGUUGCAACCAUGAAAGACAAGGAUUUCAUGCCUGACAAAGGCAGACCCGCCACCUUCACCGGAGACAAGAAGGCGAAGAUGGCGGCAAAGACUAACACCAAGUGGGUGAGACUGGCCACGGUGUUGGCGUACGUUUUGUCGGUGUCUCUGGCGGCGAUCAUCCUGGCGGUGUAUUACAGCCUGAUCUGGAAGCCGGUCAAACCUGCCGAGCCCAGCAGCAGCAGCAGCACCGUCGCUAACCCAACCGGGAGGAUGCUGCUGCCAGACGCCGGCGGUGGUGGCCCUCCCACCGCCCCGCUAGGCGACCCUCGGACCCCGGCGCUCGGGGUGCAGCAGAUGGGGGGAGCCACCGGUCACCGUGAAGGGCCGGAGGUCAGCCAAACCCCGUCCGGCCAGCAGCCCGACCCCGAGAGACAGCCGACCUCAUACAACCUCCCGGGCAGCGGCAGCAGCCUAACGAUGCGGAGCCUCCGAGCCACGCCGCUCACGCUCGCCCAAGCCCCGCCGGACCCCACCAAAGCCGGUUCUGAGAGCACCGACGGUCAGUCAGGUUUCUCCCAGUCGCCCCCACCCCAGACGGAGAAUGAGACCCAGGAGGUGACGACCACACAUUGAAAGCAGGCGGAUCUUCCGAGUCCGGACUAUGAACUCUCGACAUCCCAGGAUUGAGUUGCUGCAUGAUGCCAUCACAGUUUCUUAGGACAAUUAGAAAGGUUUCCGAUGACGAGCAGAGACAAUAUUCUAAUUGUGAUAGAAUUCAAGUCUACACAGGCGACUAUGCUGCUGAGGAAAAGAAGACCAAUACAUCCAAUCAUCCAUAUGGAUUGUCUCUGGACUAUACCAUGCCAGCUGUCUUUACCAUAAUGGACCUAAGAUUCACUGACCAACAUUCCAGCCUUGUAUCUGGGGAACAUUAGAGGCAGCUCUGCAAAAUGCCACAGCCUGCAGUCUAGUGCCAUGACUAUAUUGUAUAGCAGUGUAUAUUUAGUUGAAUGGAUAUAGCAGACAUAUCUGAAUUUGUCACCCAUGUUCUCAGAAAUGGCAGCUUCAUAUAGCAACUCAGAACAAUUCCCGAGUCAAACUACUCAGUAAACACAUGUAAAACCAGCAGGCCUCUGCUCUUGAGCUCCAGGAUGUGGCUAUUCAGAGUCCUUGAACUCUCUGAAAGCCAUUCUGCAGGGAUUGCAAGCCAAAGCCUCCCCUACCCACCAAACUAGACCAUCAACACAGGGAUGAUCCUUUGAUCCCAUCAAAACAUCAUAGCUGAUCCUAUAUCAACGUGGGAAUAAAAUAUAGUUUACAGUAUAUUUCCUCGUAAUAUGUCCAAAACAGUGGAUAUUAAAAUAUUUAUACAUAUUUAUACUGAAGUAUAGAGGUAAUGAAGUGAACCUUUGUAAAGAUAUUGAUUUCUUAGGGCUUUUUCUUUUUGUGACAUUCUGCAGUGAGGUUGGCUACACUUAUGUGGUGCGUGGAAAUAAAACAAAUAUUUAUUUACUUGUAAA